AUGGCCGGCAAUGGAGGAUACGGCGAUGCGAAAAUAGACUACGUGUUCAAGGUGGUGUUGAUCGGCGACUCGGCGGUCGGCAAGUCUCAGAUUCUGUCACGUUUCUCCCGCGAUGAGUUCAGCCUCGACUCCAAAUCCACCAUCGGCGUCGAGUUCCAGACGCGCACCAUGCUCAUACAACACAAGUCCGUCAAAGCUCAGAUCUGGGACACUGCUGGACAAGAAAGAUACAGAGCUGUGACAAGCGCCUACUACAGGGGAGCCGUGGGAGCAAUGUUGGUUUACGACAUCACCAAACGUCAGACCUUUGAGCACAUCCCGCGUUGGCUGGAAGAGUUGCGAUCUCACGCGGACAAGAACAUCGUAAUCAUCCUAAUUGGGAACAAAUCCGAUCUCGAGGACCAGAGAGCAGUCCCCAUGGAGGAUGCCAAGGAAUUCGCUCAGAAUGAAGGUCUCUUCUUCCUUGAAACAUCGGCUCUGGCAGCUACCAAUGUUGAGGAGGCAUUCAUGACCGUGCUGACCGAGAUUUUCAACAUCGUGAACAAGAAGAAUCUAGCAGCUGGUGAGGAUCGAGAUUUGCAACAUUCUGUGUCUUUGUCUGGCAAGAAGAUUGUUGUUCCUGGGCCUGGCCAGGUGAUCCCGGAAAAGAAAGGGAUGUGUUGCGGGUCGUGA